GGUAGUGAGCUUCUGGAGGUACUGGUUGCUUGUAGAUAUUGAGGAGGCAUGUUGAAUUGGGAAAUGGCUCAGUGGAAAAUGACUUACAUGAUGUGGAAUACCCUUCUUCCAAGUGUUCUGCUCCUCUCUGCUCCAACUGGUGACAUUGGAGAGAAGGUCUUCCUUACGGCUCUAGUAGGGACCGAGGUACUAAUCCCGUGCCAGCUAACAACAGGCAGCGGGAAGUUAGCACAGCUUUCCUGGAUAAAAGACCAUCAGGAGGAGCCCAUCGCUGUGUAUAGCCCGAGGUUUGGGUUGAGUGUCCCAAAUGAAAACUAUUCCAGACGGAUAGAGUUGAGAAACCAAUCUCUCCUGGAUGGAUCAAUCCGAAUAAAAGCGUUGGAAAUGCAGGAUGGGGGGAAUUAUACAUGUGACCUCACAACAUUCCCUCAGGGAAAACUGAGAAAAGCAGCCCAUUUAACGAUUCUAGGUACGUACCCUACAUAAGGUCAUUGUCAGGGUGGGACCAUUCAGCGCGGCCGGCUUGGUGCAGACCCAUUUAGGCACAGAACUGCUUUGUUGUUUGUAGCUAUUAUUAAAAUAAAAUAUAACCCAUUGAAAUGAUAUUCCGUUGAAAUCCAGGGAAGCAGACGCUGGAAUACAGACAGUUGUAAGAAGAUUU